AAAUUACAACGUCAACGUCAACGUCAGAAUGGCUUCAGAAUUAGCGCCUGAAUGGACGGAUGGUGACGCCUGCUCGAGGUGUCAAUCUGGUUUCACGACUUUCAACCGUAAACACCACUGCAGAAACUGUGGUAGAGUAUUUGACAGCUUAUGUUGCCACAAACUGUUAGCAUUACCACAUUGGGGUUACAGGGAUCCCGUCAGAGUUUGCGAAGGUUGCUACAACUUGAUCUUACGUGAUGGCACAAAGGCAGCCCCGCCAUCUGCGAUACGAAUGCCAGCACAGAAGCCGGCAGCACAGAGUAGAGCCCAAGAUGCAGCUGAUGCAGACCUUCUCAAAGCCAUACAGCUCAGUUUAGCUGAAAGCGGACGCCAGGAAGCUGGACCGGCUAUCAACAGUAAUAGACCAGAGCCACCAGCAGAUGAAGAGGAAGAUGAUGAAAUGAAGGCUGCGAUCGAGGCUAGUUUAAAAGAUAUGCAUAGUGGCAAUAAAACUCAGAACAUCGAGCAAGUCGCCGAGUCACAUCCUCCAAGAAGCACGUCACAUCCGCAAUACAACCAUCAGGCCAAGCCAAGCUACGAACUUGCUACUGCAGAUCGUGACGCAAUCUUAUCAUUUGCUCAGUCAGUCAACCAACAACAGCAAGGGCCACCACAACCAGAGCUUGCAUAUGCCGCAGAUCGCGCUUUGAAUGCUAAAUCGAGAUUAUUAUCUGGCGUUAGUGAGACUGAAGCCAAAGAGCGUUUGCUGAUAGACAUGCACGCCAAAAUGUCAGAGUCUGUGAGACUAUAUAAUAGACUUUUAGAGUCACAAAUCGAACAACGGCGAAAUACACCAAUGCACACCAGCGGUCCGGUAAAUGAAGUACCAUAUUACCAGCAACACAUGCCACGGUACAAUACCGCCUCAAUCGUCCCACCACAGCCAGCCCCAAUACCAUCACUUCCAUUCUCUGCACCACCAAUUGAAGAGCAUAGGGUAGCACCUUCUGCACCACCAACGAGUAUACCACAACAGCAGACUAUAGCUGCACAAACACGUCCACAGCCGAUAUCGGCUCCUUAUGAUGGUUACCCGAAUGAAUAUCAGCAUAGUUAUCCUCAGCAACAAGUUUUAGCGUCAGCGCCAGAGCCAGCUCCAGUACAAGCACCGCCACCUCAGCAACCACCUCAGAUAUCUCAACAACCAAUUCAACAGCAUCAACAACAAGCCAAGAUUAAUGCUCUUGCAGGUCUACCAUCAGCGCCAUCAGGGUUGGUGCAAUCACCUUCUCAAUAUGAGCAACCACAAAGUCAGCCACAGCAACAGGAAGCUAUGCUUAUUGAAUUGUAA